UGUGUGCAGCUGCACAGAGGCUGCAGUGGCACCCAGAAGUGAACAAAGCGACCCGGAAGCGCUGCUGGAACUGGAGGCAGGCAGAAAGAAAGAACAUCCAGUCUUUUUAUAUGAAAGCUGCGCUGGCAAGACAAUACCUGCAGUCAGGACUAAAAGGAUGGCAGAGCCUCGAUUUAACAACCCUUAUUUCUGGCCGCCACCUCCAUCCAUGCCUGGCCAGCUGGAUAACCUGGUGCUCAUUAACAAGAUCAAGGAGCAGCUGAUGGCCGAGAAGAUCCGACCCCUGCACCUGCCGCCCACCUCCACCCCUUCCCAGCAACCUUUGUUGGUGCCCACCUCCCCGGAUAGCAACACCCAGCAUGGUAUGCAGAUGCCUAAGCCGCAGCAGGUGCCCGCUCACCACCCACAGAGUUCCAUACAGUUAGACAUCGCUUUACACGGCCGGCAAGUCUCCAACUCUGGACCAGUUUGCAUGGCCUCACUUCUGCUAGAUGGAAACAUGGAGGACAAGGCAGCGCUGAAGGCCAAAGGAUUAUGGGAAGACUGGCACAUAAGGCAACUGAAUGAGCAACACAGCCGCAACAACCAUCGCUCAGGUCUGUCUCCUUCAUCCCGACCCGACAGCCACAGCACCUCGGAGGCUUUAACUCCCACGACUCCAACCUCAAGCAGCCAGAACCGCAUGGGCGGUGCCCCCUCUGUCAAUAUCCUCUCCGGGUUGGCGACUGGCCCCGGCAUGGACCACAUGAAGGUUGGAGGCCUGGCAGGACUGCUGGGCCCCCCACCCAAAGCACCGCGAGGGCGUAAGAAGAUUAAAGCUGAGUCAGGUCCUCUGCUGGUGGUCCCCUACCCGAUUCUAGCGGACCAAGGCUGCAUCACUGUGGCACCCAAAGAGGGGAAAACCUAUAGAUGCAAAGUGUGCCCACUCACCUUCCUGACCAAAUCGGAGAUGCAGAUCCACUCCAAGUCCCAUACGGAGGUCAAACCGCACAAGUGUCCCCACUGCUCCAAGACGUUCGCCAACGCCUCUUACUUGUCGCAGCACCUGCGCAUCCACCUGGGUAUUAAGCCCUACCACUGCUCCUACUGUGACAACUCCUUCCGCCAGCUCUCACAUCUGCAGCAGCACACCAGAAUCCACACCGGUGACAGACCCUAUAAAUGUGCUCACCCUGGAUGUGAAAAGGCUUUUACACAGUUGUCCAACCUUCAGUCUCACCAGAGGCAGCACAAUAAAGACAAGCCGUACAAAUGUCCCAACUGCUACCGUGCCUACUCCGACUCAGCAUCGUUGCAGAUCCACUUGUCAGCGCACGCCAUCAAAAACGCCAAGGCCUACUGCUGUAGCAUGUGUGGCCGGGCGUACACCUCAGAGACCUACCUUAUGAAGCACAUGUCCAAACACACGGUGGUGGAGCACCUCGUAAGCCACCAGUCCCCCCAGAGGACCGAGUCUCCAAGUAUCCCUAUACGGAUCUCUCUUAUCUGAGCCGUCUGGUGCUCAGUAGUCGUCCAAUUUAAUGUCAACUUUAGGCAGGAGCUUUCCGGGCCCUGCACCGAAGGCCAUCUACAUAAGGCUUACAUUAGCAUUAUGACAGCUGACAUAAGCAUUCAGCGCUAGAGUCGAGAGCAGCGCGCUUCCUUCCGUCUCGAUGCGGGCGUCCAGUGGAAAACGAGCACGGCUUUAUUUUGUGAAUGUAACGAAUACAGCUAAAUGUUGUCCAGAGGAUGGAGUGGCAAAGAAUGUCUUGCGUCAGAUUUAAUAAGCACUUUCGUAAGCGUCAUGUAAAAAGCCAGAUGCAUCGGCCAUCCAAAAUGUGUUUUUUGCCCCCUUCCUCCAUGAAAUGGGUUUCCAAAUACACCAGAUGAUAAUUGCUCCUCGAGGAAAAAAAAUGAAUUAAGUUUUAAAAUGUUUUCUGGGUGUAUUCUGGAGAUAUCCAAAGAUAAUCUCAAAGCACUUUUUAGGCCAUGCUUUGUUGGCUCAAAUUGUUGAAAUCAUGUCUGAUGAGAAAAUGCCAAAAAGGGCAUUAUUUGUGGCAGCUAAGAACACUGACUGUGUAGAAAACAGUCUUUUCUGUUAUUUUUUCCAUUGUUGUACUCACAUUUGUGCAAGAAUACAUUUACAGGGUCAUCGAAAUUUGAAGAAAGGCAAUCAGAUGACUGAAGCAUUUGGUGAUCAUUCUAUUUUACUGAUGCAAGGACGGAGGAAGUUAAAGUGAUAAUCUUUAAAUUUUACUCCCCCUUCGAAGGCACCUUGGGAUCAUACCAUAUGAUCAAAGUAACACUGCUUUUUAAAUUACCUUUCUUGUUAAAUCCCACAAACUAGUGCCAUAUGUUGAAAGCAAAUCUUGUAAUAUUUGGCCGCUUCCUCCAAUCAGUUUGACAAGUAUUUGUUGCUGAGGUCCUAGUCAUUGUAAGGUAAGCUCAGCUCUACUUUAAAAACAAUAUAAGUAAAAAAGUACACUUUUUUUUAUUCAAGUAGCAAAUUUAACUCUAAUCAUCGGACCAAAAUGUGAAGCAACUGUACAGCACUCGCUCAGUAAGGAUUUUUGUCAUCAGAUUAAUUUUUUGGGAAUUAACUGCAGUACAAACAUCUUUCAUUAUGCUUACAUGGGACGCCUUACUCUUGUAUGUUCUCUCUCCAGUAGUAUUAUUUUUACUGUACACAGUAUUCUUUGUUGGGUUUUUCCUGUUGUACCUUUUAACCUCUGGAUGGUACUAAUAAUAGGGUUGGCUGUAUUUUUCAGGGCACUUACAGAAAGGUGCUAUGUAUGACAAAAUGUCACAUCCAGGAUAAAAGCACGAAUAAUGUUGACUUUUUUUUUUUCCAAAAAUUGAUAAACCGAAAUAGUCAAAGCGUAGUCCUGGGCAACUAUUGACACUUGACAACACAUCCUGCCUCUUUAAACAACAUUUCUGUUUGGAAAUCAUGGACAAUAUCCAUGUUGCUGUACGGUUUAAUAUAUUACUCAUUUAUAGAAUAUGUUUUAAAAGUUUAAGGAAAAAAGUAUUUGGACACGUCAUGCUUUGCUGAUAGAAGCGUUCAGGACUUCCAUUGGAAUUGUCAGCAUUUGGGGCAAAACCAAUGCAUAGAAGUAGCUUAAAAUAAUUUAAAAAACAUUAGUUUUGCUUUUUAAGUUAUAAAAUAACUACAUUUUACCAGGUGGUUGAUUCAGUAGCGUAUUACACACUGCAAAUACAAGCUUAAAUGUAUUUUAAUUAAAUACAACUUUCCCGAGCGCUCAUACGUAAGAAAACAGUAAACAUGGUACUUUGGGAAAGAUUGCAGCUGAAUAUUAAAAUUACUAAGAAAAAAAAUAAAAUAGGCCGUCUCUCUGUGAAGAAAAGGCCAAAACAUGAAAUAAAAUGUCAUAUCGACUUUCGACAAACAAAAUUGUACUUCAAUUUUGAACAUCUUGAAAUGCAGUUUUUCCCCCUAGUUUUGAAAACUGGGAUGAGUGAUUUGUUUUCUUUGCCUAUUUUUUGUUGCUUUGACUUCCAAAACAAAUGUGGUGUACUGGUUCAUUUGUGGUGAUGGGCACACCUUACUAACUCGGUUUGAAGCUGACAUUCUCACACAGGGACAUUUAGCUUGUGCAGUGCUUCACCGGUGUCACAGCACUCUGUUCCACCUCCAUCCACAGAGACAAAGAGAGUGGAUGACUGGAAAAAUGGUUCACUUUAUCAAAUUCAUUCUGGUAUUGAACAAAUGUGCCCAGGUGCUUAAACCGAUACAAAGUGAACACUCUUGCAGCCCGUUUGGAGAGAUGGUGAAAACCAAUACGCACGGAUAUGGCAAUUUAUCGAUAAUGGCAAAAGAAUUUAUUUUGUUAUAUCGUUUGGUUUAUCGGCCCAGCACAUUCUGACUGUCAAAAACAAUGCAGUACGACUUCUCAAUUUGCGGCACCUGUGAAAAGUAAUGGAAAUGUUUGAUUGUCCCGCACAUCUGGUCACCAUAGUAAGCAUACAAAAGGUGCAAAGACAGGUUUGGGUUUGAGAUAGGCCCCAUUGCAAGACAUGUGGUACAAUGCUAUGCUCCCAACUUUGUGGUAAACAUUUAUCAAAAGACAAUCUCUAUAUUCCAAUAUGACUCUGCCCUAGUGUACAAAUCAAGGAUAUGAACUCUAAAAUCUCAUGGAAAGCUCUCCAAGAAGAGUGACUACAACAGCGUUAUCAUUGGUGGCCAAAUGGUUUUGCCUAUAUAUUGGAUAUUCUGUUUGGAGAGGGAAAAAAAACUAUAUUUGAACUUUUAGUCUUUGUAUGUUAUUAAUCAUGUUUUAUAUUGGUUAUUUUACAUGUAAGCCUUAACUGUUUUAUCAUGACAUCUCCAUUACUCUGUAUUGUGUUCUGCAGUAUUCAAUCCUGUUUUAUUUUCUCCAUUUCCCUCCCGCAUGGAGCUGUAAUCUGUAUAACUGUUUAACGAGAGUUUUUUUUAAUGGGGAAAAAAAUAUUGCGUAGAUUAUUAAACCUUUUCCUGUCUUGCAUUGUGGCUUCAUAUACGGUUUGUAGACAAAUGUAAUAUGCACAACCAAGACUGAGAAGUUAACCCACGGGUUAGCAAUGUUUAAAAAGAAAAAGCUUUGUAUCUUUACCUUGUUUAAUAAAAGAGACUGUUAUAAAUCCAA